AUGGGUUUGAAGGGCGACGAGAUCGCGAAGCACAACAGUGCCGACUCUUGCUGGGUCAUUGUCCACGGCAAAGCGUAUGAUGUCACAGACUUCCUGCCGGAGCACCCUGGUGGCUCCAAGAUCAUUCUGAAGUAUGCCGGCAAAGAUGCGACAGAAGAAUUCGACCCCAUCCACCCGCCCGACACCCUCGACAAGUACCUCGACAAGUCCAAGCACCUGGGCCCCGUCGAUAUGGCCUCCGUAGUGGUGGAGACGAAGGAAGAGGACCCCGAAGAGCUGCAGCGGUUGGAGAGGGUCGAGCACAAGCCGCUGCUGUCCCAAUGCUACAACCUGAUGGACUUUGAGGCCGUGGCACGCAGAGUCAUGAAGAAGACUGGGUGGGCGUACUACUCGAGCGCCGCUGACGACGAAAUCACGAUGCGCGAAAACCACGGCGCCUUCCACAGAAUCUGGUUCCGGCCGCAGAUUCUCGUCGACGUUGAAAAGGUCGACUUCACCACCACCAUGCUCGGCACAAAGGUCGACAUGCCCUUCUACGUCACCGCCACCGCCCUCGGAAAGCUUGGCCACCCGGAGGGCGAGGUUCUGCUCACACGCGCCGCCCGCAAGCACAACGUCAUCCAGAUGAUCCCAACGUUGGCCUCGUGCUCGUUUGACGAGCUCAUGGACGCCGCCGAAGGGGAUCAGGUCCAGUGGAUGCAGCUGUACGUCAACAAAGACCGCGAAAUCACCAAGAAGAUUGUGCAGCACGCCGAGAAGCGUGGGUGCAAGGGUCUCUUCAUCACCGUCGACGCGCCGCAGUUGGGUCGUCGCGAGAAGGACAUGCGCUCCAAGUUCACCGACCCCGGCGCGAAUGUGCAGUCCGGCCAGGCCACGGACCAGAGCCAGGGCGCCGCGCGCGCCAUCUCGUCCUUCAUCGACCCCGCUCUGUCAUGGAAGGAUAUUCCCUGGUUCAAGUCCAUCACCAACAUGCCCAUCAUCCUGAAGGGCGUGCAGCGUGUCGAGGACGUCAUCAAGGCCAUCGAGGCCGGCGUCCAGGGCGUCGUGCUCUCCAACCACGGAGGUCGCCAGCUCGACUUUGCCCGGUCCGGUAUCGAGGUCCUUGCCGAGACGAUGCCUGUGCUGCGCCGCAUGGGUCUGGAGAACGCCAUUGAGAUUUACAUUGACGGCGGCGUGCGCCGCGCUACCGACAUCAUCAAGGCCCUCUGCCUCGGCGCUAAGGGCGUUGGCAUCGGCAGGCCUUUCCUGUACGCCAUGUCCGGCUACGGCUUCGACGGCGUUGACCGCGCCAUGCAGCUUCUCCGCGACGAGAUGGAGAUGAAUAUGCGCCUCAUCGGCUGCACAAGCGUAGACCAGCUCAACCCGUCCCUCGUCGACACCCGGAGCCUGUUCAACCACGGCGCCACGCCUUCGGAUAACCUCGGAAUGGCCGUGUACGACCCUCUGGCGACGCCGGUGCAGAGGCCCAAGGCUCCCAAGUCUUCCAAGUUGUAA